CCUCCAGAUCGCUUUGAUUUCGUUUCUCUGAUGUCUUAGACGAAGUUAGAUCGUAGAUUCCUAUGUUUUGAUUCCUCGAUCAUGCUUCGAAUUAUGGUGUUUUUAUCCUCAAUUUUUGGAGAUUUGGUUUCUACGGAUUUUGUAGAUUCAGGAAUUUAGAAAUGGUGAUUCGAUUUCAAUGGUUUUAGAUCUGAUUCAGUCUUCACUCUUGUUCCACUAUUUUGAAAAUUGGCUAAAAACUAGGUUUCGUCGUCUAAUUCUCCCGACGUUCUUCGAGAAAUGUGAACUUUGAGGUUUUAUUUUAUACAAUGGGUCGUGGAAACAGCUGUGGUGGAGGUCAAAGCUCAUUGGAUUAUCUCUUUGGUGGUGACGCUCCUGCUCCUAAGCCAGUUCCAGCUCCUCGUCCCGCUCCUACUGAGUCUAACAACGGACCUGCACCACCAGUAACAGCUGUGACUGCAACCGCACUCACGACUGCUACUACUUCUGUUGAGCCUGCAGAGCUUAACAAGCAGAUUCCUGCUGGUAUCAAAACUCCUGUUAACAACUAUGCCAGAGCUGAAGGACAGAACACCGGCAACUUCCUCACUGACCGUCCUUCGACCAAAGUUCACGCAGCUCCGGGAGGAGGAUCAUCCUUGGAUUAUCUCUUCACUGGUGGCAAGUAAAAUAAUUGCAAAGACCUUUAUCUAUCCAUUGUCUUUGCUGCGUUAUCUCACUAUGAAACUGUUUGAUGUGAGCCUUUAAAUGAUAAGAAGUCGGUUUCUUGUCUCAACUCUUAUCUGUAAUAUUUUGCUGAAAAAAUGUUUGAAUCAAAAACUUCCCAACUUGUCUCUUAUUAACCAUCAAAUGCGAGUACAACUUUUAAUCCAA